CUCCAAUAAUUAGCAAAGGUUCAAAGUGUAGGUUCUGACCACACCCGCUUCCGAGAAGCAGUGGCACACCAACACCAACAGGAAGUUGCCACCAGAAUACUGACUCUCGUGUUUGCCAGAGAGGUGUUUAAUUUUGAAAGAGCCUGUUGUCAUUGGGUUACUGUAACAGAUCCUGCCAUGGGUAUUACUGCCCUUUUUCUACUGAGCGUUCUUGGCUUUGCCAUCACUGCUGAAGCUCAAUCGUGUUCUAAACCCGUCGGUGAAGCCAACAUGAGUUUGAAGGACGAUUUCAUUAACCAGGACACAUUUGUAAAUGGAGCCGUUGUUUCUUUUGCCUGUAAUCCCGGCUACACAUCUGCUGGAGGAUCUUCUAAGAUCACAUGCAGUGCUGGCGUGUGGAGUCCUGUGCAGCUGAGAUGCGAGAGGAAGAACUGUGGCGCUCUUGAAGAUGUGAAUAAUGGUUAUAUUGAGUAUAGGAACGGGACUGAGUUUGGUGAUACAGCUGUGGUCAUUUGUAACCAAGGUUACAUCUCAGUUGGGCAGUCAGUAGUAAUCAGAUGCGACGUCGAUGGAUGGAUAGGCAGGUUGCCAGUUUGUGAAGCGGUUCAGUGUGUUACACCAGCAGGAAUUGUAAACGGCACAUUUAGUCCAGAAAAGGAGUUCUAUAGUUACAGAGAAGUUGUGCGGUACUCCUGCAACAAAGACGUGACUCUUAAUGGAUCAGGAGAAUUAACUUGCUCUGAAGAUGGGACAUUCCACCCUGCCCCUCCAACCUGUGUCUGGGUUGAAUGUAAAGAUCCUGUGAUUGAAAAUGCUGAAUUUGUUGAAGGCUCCCGGCCUCCACACAGAUACGGGGCUUCAGUGAAAUAUUCCUGUAAACCUGGAUAUGUGAUUGAAGGAACCUCUACUCUGAUGUGCUUGUUAAACAGUCAGUGGUCAUCGCCCUUACCAAAAUGCACAAAAGACCCUGAGCCAACUAUGCCUACUACUACGACUACAACUACUACUACCACAACUACAACUACUGCUACUACUACUACUCCUCCUCCUCCUACUACUACUACUACUACGACUACGACUACUGCUACUGCUACUCCUACCCCAGACAACGGGAAUGGGCUUUCACCAGGGAUUAUUGUUCUGAUUGCGCUCGGGGAAGCAGUACUGUCAAAGAGGCUGCAAAAGAUGACGAGGAUAUAGCACUCUCGUGAGCAUCACAGCCCUGUUGCUUCAAAACUCCUGCAUGUAAAAGUGUCGUCAGCAGAAGAGGAUUACCCCCAGAAAUCUUGAAACUCCCCCUCUGGAAAUCAGCCUCUGCACGCAGGACCAUUCAAGCAGCUUGUCUGAUUAGCCAAUAGCAAUUUACAGCUUUGACAGGAUGCCCAUGUCCACUUCUUGUUUCCUGUUUUACUUCUCUGGGCAUCAUUAAACUCUGCACUGAUUUGGAAUGUUUGCAUUGGAAGCUGCUUUGUAACACAGGCCAAUUACAGAGAUUAUGUUAAACUAGUGAAAAAUCUGCUCUCUUAAUACUUUAUUCACUAAACGUUUAUGUAAUAAAAAUACUGCUGCUGAAUUGAACCACUUAGUCUUAAAAAACUGUUUAUAAACUAAACAGUUCUGAUGUUGGUGUCUAACAAAAGGCAUCAUAUAUGCCUGAAUGCAAAACAUGCCAAAUGCUUUACUUUCUGUGCAUUUUUGAAGUUGCCUUAAAUCACCUUUUUGGAAUAUCAUCUCCAUGAUUAUGUUAACCUUUUGUGACCGUUUUUUGUUUUGUUUUGCUUUUGAAAAUCGACUAAUUAAGUUCCAGAUUUUUUUUAAAUUCCAUCGGUGAAAUUGUUUCCCUUGUUAAUAUAUUUGUUAACCACCUACUGUCCAGAAGAUAAUUUGUUUUAGUAGCAGGACUUAAGUAUCAACUGUAGUCACAGAAUUUGUAUUGAAAGUAAUCUCAAAGAGGUGUGCACUUUGUAUUUAUUAAAAUGACGACAGAUUUUAAAUUUUGUGCAGGCAGUUGUGAAACUGUAUAAUUCUUUUUGUAAUUAAAAUAAAUGAAAACGCAA